GGAGGGAGGGAGGGAGGGAGGGAGAGAGGGAGAGAGGGAGAGAGGGAGGGAGCCGAGGAAGACGCUCCGAUAACCCGUGCGUUUCGUAAGGCUCGGAGCACUUGUACAUUUCUGCAGCCGCGCGGCGAGCCAUUCGCGGCGGCUGCUGCAGCUCCUGCUGCGUCUUCCUUCCCUUCCCUUCCUCGGACUCCGGUCUCGGAGUCGGAGAGCGUGCCUUGCUUCCAGAGCCCCCGUACCCGGCGAGUCAGCGAUCGCUGAGCCGGCCACCAUGCCCGGCAGACCGCGCCACUAGGCGCUCCUAGCGGCUCCCACCCGGCGGCGGCGGCAGCGGCGGCCGCGAUGGUUUCAGACGCUGAAGGAUUUUGCAUCUGAUCACUCGGCGUUUCAAAGGCAGAGGCCCCCCCUCCCCCUCCCCCCCUCCCUCACCGUCUUUGUUUCCUUCCCCCCCUGCUCUCCCCACUCCCCCCACCCCACCCCCCUCUCCUCUCCUCCUCCUCUUUUUUAGAAGCAGCGAUCGGAGAUGGAUGUCUCUCUUUGCCCAGCCAAGUGUAGUUUCUGGCGGAUUUUCUUGCUGGGAAGCGUCUGGCUGGACUAUGUGGGCUCCGUGCUGGCUUGCCCUGCAAAUUGUGUCUGCAGCAAGACUGAGAUCAAUUGCCGGCGGCCGGACGAUGGGAACCUCUUUCCCCUCCUGGAAGGGCAGGAUUCAGGGAACAGCAAUGGGAACGCCAGCAUCAACAUCACGGACAUCUCAAGGAAUAUCACUUCCAUACACAUAGAGAACUGGCGCAGUCUUCACACGCUCAACGCUGUGGACAUGGAGCUCUACACCGGACUCCAAAAGCUGACCAUCAAGAACUCAGGACUUCGGAGCAUUCAGCCCAGAGCCUUUGCCAAGAACCCCCACUUGCGUUAUAUAAACCUGUCAAGUAACCGGCUCACCACACUCUCAUGGCAGCUCUUCCAGACGCUGAGUCUUCGGGAAUUGAGGUUGGAGCAGAACUUUUUCAACUGCAGCUGUGACAUCCGCUGGAUGCAGCUCUGGCAGGAGCAGGGAGAGGCCAGGCUGAACAGCCAGAACCUCUACUGCAUUAACGCUGAUGGCUCCCAGCUUCCUCUCUUCCGCAUGAACAUCAGUCAGUGUGACCUUCCUGAGAUCAGCGUGAGCCACGUCAACCUGACCGUACGAGAGGGUGACAAUGCUGUCAUCACUUGCAAUGGCUCUGGAUCACCCCUUCCUGAUGUGGACUGGAUAGUCACUGGGCUGCAGUCCAUCAACACUCACCAGACCAAUCUGAACUGGACCAAUGUUCAUGCCAUCAACUUGACGCUGGUGAAUGUGACGAGUGAGGACAAUGGCUUCACCCUGACGUGUAUUGCAGAGAACGUGGUGGGCAUGAGCAAUGCCAGUGUCGCCCUCACUGUCUACUACCCCCCACGUGUGGUGAGCCUGGAGGAGCCUGAGCUGCGCCUGGAGCACUGCAUUGAGUUCGUGGUGCGCGGUAACCCACCGCCAACACUGCACUGGCUGCACAAUGGGCAGCCUCUGCGGGAGUCCAAGAUCAUCCAUGUGGAAUACUACCAGGAGGGAGAGAUUUCCGAGGGCUGCCUGCUCUUCAACAAGCCCACCCACUACAACAAUGGCAACUACACCCUCAUUGCCAAAAACCCACUGGGCACAGCCAACCAGACCAUCAAUGGCCACUUCCUCAAGGAGCCCUUUCCAGAGAGCACGGAUAACUUUAUCUUGUUUGAUGAAGUGAGUCCCACACCUCCUAUCACUGUGACCCACAAACCAGAAGAAGACACUUUUGGGGUAUCUAUAGCAGUUGGACUUGCUGCUUUUGCCUGUGUCCUGUUGGUGGUUCUUUUCAUUAUGAUCAACAAGUAUGGUCGACGGUCCAAAUUUGGAAUGAAGGGUCCCGUGGCUGUCAUCAGUGGCGAGGAGGACUCAGCCAGCCCACUGCACCACAUCAACCAUGGCAUCACCACGCCCUCGUCGCUGGAUGCCGGGCCUGACACUGUGGUCAUUGGCAUGACCCGCAUCCCGGUCAUUGAGAACCCCCAGUACUUCCGUCAGGGACACAACUGCCACAAGCCAGACACGUAUGUGCAGCACAUUAAGAGGAGAGACAUCGUGUUGAAGCGAGAACUGGGUGAGGGAGCCUUUGGAAAGGUCUUUCUGGCCGAGUGCUACAAUCUCAGCCCGACCAAGGACAAGAUGCUCGUGGCUGUGAAGGCCCUGAAGGAUCCCACCCUGGCUGCCCGGAAGGAUUUCCAGAGGGAGGCCGAGCUGCUCACCAACCUGCAGCAUGAGCACAUUGUCAAGUUCUAUGGGGUGUGUGGCGAUGGGGACCCCCUCAUUAUGGUCUUUGAGUACAUGAAGCAUGGAGAUCUGAAUAAGUUCCUCAGGGCCCACGGGCCAGAUGCAAUGAUCCUUGUGGACGGGCAGCCACGCCAGGCCAAGGGUGAGCUGGGGCUCUCCCAAAUGCUUCACAUCGCCAGUCAGAUCGCCUCAGGCAUGGUGUACCUGGCCUCCCAGCACUUCGUGCAUCGAGACCUGGCCACCAGGAACUGCCUGGUUGGAGCAAAUCUGCUAGUGAAGAUCGGGGACUUCGGCAUGUCCAGAGAUGUCUACAGCACGGAUUAUUACAGGGAAGGGCCAUACCAGAAGGGCCCGUUCAGCGUGGCGUGGCAGCGGCAGAGGCUAGCAGCAACGGCAGCUUCCACACUCUUUAAUCCAUCUGGAAAUGAUUUUUGUAUAUGGUGUGAGGUAGGAGGACACACCAUGCUCCCCAUUCGCUGGAUGCCCCCUGAAAGCAUCAUGUACCGGAAGUUCACUACAGAGAGCGAUGUGUGGAGCUUCGGGGUGAUCCUUUGGGAGAUCUUCACCUAUGGAAAGCAGCCAUGGUUCCAGCUCUCAAACACAGAGGUCAUUGAGUGCAUUACCCAAGGUCGUGUUUUGGAGCGGCCCCGAGUCUGCCCCAAAGAGGUGUACGACGUCAUGCUGGGGUGCUGGCAGAGGGAACCACAGCAGCGGCUGAACAUCAAGGAGAUCUACAAAAUCCUCCAUGCUUUGGGGAAGGCCACCCCCAUCUACCUGGACAUUCUCGGCUAGUGUGGAUGGUGGUCAUGAAUUCAUACUCUGUUGCCUCCUCUCUCCCCGCCUCACUUCUCCCUUCCACCUCACGACUCCUUCCAUCUUUGACUGAAGCAAACAUCUUCAUAUAAACUCAAGUGCCUGCUACACAUACAACACUGAAAAAAGGAAAAAAAAAAAGAAAAAACCCUGUAAGGCAGUUUGGCAUAUAUAUAUAUACAUAUAUAUAUAUAUUUAUAUAUCUAACUAUCUAUCAAUCUAUAUCUACAGAGAGAUGCCUUCUCUAGUACAUGGAGAAGCUGCUGAUACACAAAACCACAAGACUUUAACAACACAGAAACUCUAAAAUAUUAAUAAUACAAAAGAAAAUUCCCUUCGACUUAAGCUGUGGCCCAUGCCUCUAAUGCUACAGCUUUUUGGCACAGAAGACCUGGACCAUUCAGAGAGACAAUCUUUGGGAUGGGAGCUUUGGGAUGGGAGGAGCUAAGGUGGUGCUCAUGGCUACUGUGUGUGCCUGAUACCCCAGAAGCUCAUCACAGGCGCAUGGGGGUAUCACAUGGCUGCACUCAGCGAAGAAGUGAUGCUGGAGCAGGGCCCUUGCCUCCACUUCUUCCCCAUUUCCUCCACUUCAGGACAGUGUUCUAACUUGUCCAUUCUAAAGAGUAUAAUCUUGAUGCUUUUAGGACUCGAUGAUGGCACCUACGGGUAAAUGCAGAACAGACAACCCCACAACACAAAACCACCACAAGAGCUGACUACAUCUGUCCUGGGUGUAAGCUUCUUGCUGGAGUUGCAAAGGAAGUGUCUUUCUAUUCUCAGACCUUAAAGAACUGGACUUUCUGGACUAAAUGAACCAUAGAAGAAAAAAUAGCUGAAACCUGAACCCUGCCAAGACACUGCCACCUGUCUUUUCCAUCAUUGCAAAGACUCCUUGGCCUCACCUCCCAUUUUCAGGCCUCCGGGAAGCUUGGGGGGUUAGGAAACCAGGUCUCCCACGUUAUCUUUGAAUGUAUACACAGAAAGUUUUAGGGUUGCAUUAGCAAGAGGUUUGGUUGCUUGUAGGUCAUUAUAAAGAAUGGCCGCUGGUCCUCAGUUUCUUAUCCUGCAUCCUUAGAUCCUAGACCCCACUUCCUGGGUAAACCCCACUGCCAGGGAAGGAAGGCAGGUCUAGUGAGAGGCUGGAGCAGUAAGUGUUUCAGGGAACCAAGCAGUGGAGUGGGUGAGAGCCAGCAGAGGAGAAUCUACUUGGCACCUGCGCUGGGCUCCUUGGCAUUCUAUUCACGUUUCCAGCCCCUGGGAGGAUUGAUGCAUCUGCCUUUGAGCUGUUGUGAAAACGCAGGGGCUGAGAAAUCACUUUUGUGGGCUGGGGUAGGGGGAAGAGCUGAGGCUUCUCUGGGAGAUGUCCAAUGAGCAGCCAGUGCUGCAGGCGUGGCAUCUUAAUGAGGACUGAGGCCUGACUCGAGAGAGGGAAGGAAACAUCUGGGCUGGAGCCAGCUCCCUCUGCCCCAGCACCAGGGAAUCACUGCCUUCCUGGCUGCUGCCACAGACCACAGUGGGGCUAACCUCUGGGCCUCCCUGUCACAUGACACAUAGAAGCCAACAGCCUGGCCCCACAGAGCUCUUCUGCUGGGGAGAAGAGGAUGUGCUCCUCCCAAGCCAUCAGGCCCCACCACCUCAUCCCAAGCACAGAGCUACCUAAUGGACUGACCUUUGCCAAACUGGAGCUCACCCUGGAAGCCUCUGGACUAUCCAUUUCCCUGCCAGCUGAAAAGACAGCCAGCAGUCUGGACGUCCUGGUUAGCUGAAGGCAGCUGAAACGUGUGCCUCCCUGUGUGGGGUUUAUGACUGAAUUAUGUGUUUGUGGUUUUGCUUCUUUUUGUAGACCCACAAAUAUUUUUAUUUGAAUAGUAAAGAGCUGUGCUCAGAUUGUAGCUAUGGUUGGGAUUUGGGAUCAAGAAGGCUGGUUAGCUGGACUGGGAGGGGAAGGAGGUGAGUUGGGAUUUGGGUGUGAGUUUUCUCACUCUGCUAUGUCCCCAGCCCCCGAGGACUUUGGAGGAAAGCUGUUUGGAUUGACCACCUCAAAAGAACCCUUUGCUGUCUUAUGACACUUACCCUCUUAUCUUUCCACCUAGAGGACCGCUAUGCUGGGGCUGUGAGUGCUGGUGAAGUGGCACAGUCUGGCUUUGAUCUGGGUAACUAAGAACAGCUGUUCUGGGAGGGCAUGGUCUGGAGGGGCCUCAGGGAAAAGUGUCUUCUGGUUAGAAGUGAGGUGCCAAUGCUCCUGUUGCUUCCCUUCUCCCAUAUCCUCCCCUGAGCAGACACUGUGUGGCUUCUGUCUUCUUGGCUGUGUGUUUCAAACAUGAUAGUCACUGAUGGGUUGGGAAGAACCGGGAGAAGAACUGGGUUGGAGACGGGUGAAAACUGGGAAUAAGGUCCAUGCUGUGGUUUUAUCUCCAGGCGCCGCGUCAUGAUGGCCUCAUGAAAGAAGGUGAUUCCUUUGGGAACAAAAAGCAAUGAAGGAGACUAUGGCUGUCAGAUUGCUGGUACCUCAGGCCCACAGGCUUUCACGUUGAUCUUGGGGUCAUGUCCUUGCCAUGUCAGUUGUAAGCAGCUGGCUGUGGAACAGUGUGAGAGAGGGUGGCAGAGCAGGGCAGGAUAGAGAGGGGGACCUGCCUUCCUACAGCCCUGACUGUCCUCUCUAUACAGAGUCUACUUUGAUUUAUUAACUUUGACAGAUUAAAAAAAGUAGCUUUUUUUUUUGAGAGUAAAAAAGGCAGAAAAUAGGGCCAUGGAAUUUGCAGGGGUACACUAUGGUCCUGGGAGUGUGGCGUGUAUUGGGACACAUCUGUCCCUCCUAUACUGGGACAAGACUGAUAAGGCUCAGUCCACUAUGUCUUAGUUUCCCCAUCUGCAGAAUAAGGGGUACACCUGCUAAUCUCUGGCUCCUUCAAGCUCUGAAUUCUUAGAUUCUAACAAUGUAGCAUCACUGUUACACUUUUCUCAGCACCACUCUGGAUUGCCAGGACAGCCUUACAUAGGUGGGAGGCAGUCACUGGUGCGGGCUCACUGGGCCUGGGCCAGGCUGAGUUUCAAUAAGACACUCCUCUCCUUCUUUGCUCCUUGCCUCAACAUUUCCCAGUCUGAAAUGUCUGAGACGCCUGUAAGCCAGGAGGGCAGUGUUUGCUUGGCUUCCCAUCCUGGCAUUCCUACAUAGCAGAAAAACACUGUUAUGGUCUAUUUAUUUAUUUAUUUAUUAGGAGCCUAAUGUGAUUAAAUGUGUCAUGAAAUGACAUCUGAUUGGCCAGUAUGGCCACUCCAGUUCACUUCACCCUCAUCUUCCCAUACCAAAGUCCACGUUUUAGAAGACCGUGUCACGUUGCUUCCGAGAGCUUAGCUUUGAAGUGAGCUCUUUCGUGUCUUUUGGCAAAUGCUCCCAGGGCACCCAGGCUGGUCUCUCUGCCGUGCUGACCUCACCGGAUCCUCCCCUGCACUGACUGAGCGUAACCUGCUUUUGGAUGUCUACCCUGGCUGUUGUGGUCAAGGGACCUCCCAGUUCUUCUUUGCUUUGGAUGGGAACCUAAUGCUGCCCUGAACUCUGAGGGGACCUUGGGCAUCGCUAAGCCUCCUCUAGUGAACAAACAAGAAAAAGGAGGUGGUGCUUCCUCCACUCAGCAGAUCAUGCACAAAUUAUCCCCAGACAGAGGCUUCCCACUUGAGGCAAAGCGUCUUCAGUCCUUCUGGGUUCAGGUUAAACAUUAACGUCCUUCUCUAGUGAUGCUUACUUUGCGGAAUACACUAGUGCAAGUCAUUUUGGUGCUAAACACUACAGAAACCAACACCAACAGGAGAGCUGUCAGCCAGUUUCUGUGGCUGCACAAGGCUCAGCUCAGAAGUAGAAGUGAGUCAGCCGUGCCGGUAGAGCACAGGAUGCAUUGGAAGUUAAGUAGAAAUGUGGCAGGGUGAAAAGACCAGCAAAAUUUCUGAUUUUGUUAUUAUUGGUUACCAUGUGGCCUUGAUCAAAUCAGCUAAUUUCUCAUCUGAGACAUUUAAGAGGUUUUUACAGAUAUUUUUAGAGUCCUUUUCAUUUUUUUAAAAGCUAUGUUCUGGUCCCACCUGUUUUUUUUCCCUUUUUUCUUUUUUUUUUUUUUUCAAAUGCUUGCUUGUUAAAAAUAAGAGAUAAAUGAUAAGGGAGGAGACCAAGAAAAGUUACCAAUGGCAAUGGCAAGAGAUUGAAUUUAGAAGGUAAGGCAAGAAGGCCUGGUGACUGGUAGAUUUGAGGAUUAUUGUGCAGGGAACCAGGCGGACAAGCCUGAGACUUCACUUUUAUGCUCUUCAAAGGUGGCCUAGCCCCUAGCCUGCAUUUCACCAGGCUGUUCUCUUCAGCUAGUCAACCUUCCCUGUUCAAAACUUGGAAAAUUCCAAGUUUACACAUCAUUAUUAAGUCAUCGAUACGGGCUUGGGAAAAUGUUUUGGUGUUGCUUCCAUGCUCACACUUGGCAUAAACUAUUUUAACAUAUGGAGACAGGCCUGCCCAUCUCUCAUGCAGGCUUCUGGCAAUCUGAACUCUGGGUCAAAACUGACAAGAUUUUUAUCUUUGGUAAGAGGAUGGGAUGUUAGAAAGAGGGCAGCAUCUUAAGUUGCAGACUAUUCGCCAAAGUCCUUUCUAUUCAGGAAUGACUAAUGGCUUGCUUUGUUCCGCUUUUCCAAACCAAACAGCAGUGCUAUUACCUUGACUCCAAAGUACAGUGAUUGCAAUGGACGGUCUUGAGAUUAAGGUUCUUUUCAGCGCUUUGCUCAGAAUCUGGAGCAAAGAAAUGUCCAGGGAUUUGUGUUGAAUGGACCUACUUGCCAGCAGUCCACAGAGCUGUUCUCAAAGGCCCCCGAGAUGUCUGUUGUCUCCUUUGGUAGGGAACCAACUUGCUAGAAGACCAAAGGGCAUUUGCCUUAGAGAGAAAAAAAAUGGCACCUUUAGUUCAGGACAUGGGUGCUGAAGUCACUGUGGUUUUGGUUUCUGAAGGUCCACUUUCUUUUUUCAUACCAAAUACAUUGUUUUGGCCAAUAUUUAACAGGUUUUUAAAGAAAAAUUCCAAGUUUAUGCAUCAUUAUUAAGACAUUGAUAUGGGCUUGGGAAAAUAUUUUGGUGUUGGUUAAUAAUACUGGGAGUGUCUUGCUAAAGAAAGUAUUCAUAUAUGUACGUUUUGUGGUUAUUUCUAUAUGUUUGAUUGGAAUGGCUUAAAAGAAGGCCUCUUUGAAGUCAGCAAAGUGAUUUCAAUUUGGGAUAUUCUUUGACCCUUACCAUUCUUGCGGAUAAGAAAUCCGGAGAUGAGCUGGCCUCAGAAACAUUCAGGAAGAUUCCGAGGGAAAUCUGUCGUCUUGUAAAGUUUGAUCAUUUGGUGCUCUCUGAAUUAAAUUAUGCUGACUAACAUUCUGAGCAUAUGAAAAUCAUUCUUCCUGGUUGCCUGAUAGAUGACCACACAGGAACCAUUUCAAUCACGUCUUAUUUGGGGGUUGGUAUUGAAGUCACCAGCACUGCAGGGGAAACCACCCUGCUAAGAGGGAUGAGACAGAGAGUGUGAGGUUCACAUUCAGUUGCUCUUUCUGAAAGGCACUGCUGACCGUAGUAGGUAGGGUGAAUAUUUGUGUCACUGCAUUGGAUGUUAGAACUUUGGCUCUGAGCAUAGACUGCUUUACCCUAAUGAGCUGAAUCUCGGCUUCUGAUAGAGGCUCUUCCUGGUGCAUUCUCCUCAAGCAUAAUUUCCUUAUUUGCCUAUAAAAAUAUCUACAGUUUGCAACAAGAAAUGUUUGUGGCCUAUGUCUCAGUGUACUCGAAUAGAUGCUCUUCUGUGAGACUUGUGGAGAUGAGGUUGGGAGGAGGUGGUCCCUUCAAAGUAUUUGGAAUUCUUGAUCAAAGAAAUAAAACUCAGAUUCCCUUUCUUCUAGUUUACUUCUAAGUUCGAAAUUUAAAGCAAGACCUGGUUUGACAUUUGCAGUAGGAGAUAAUGUCUUGAAAUGGUGAGGUAGGCUAUCUUUAUUUCAUCAUAGGGAGGAAGGGCAGUAAGUUGUAUUAAUUUUUCCUAAUCACCCAGGCAAAUAUUGCUUUUUGUGUAGUGUCAUGACUGACAUUUAUAGCUUGCAGGAAAUACUUCCAGCUGACAGAGCUAGAAGUUUCUAAUAGAUGUUUCAAGAUAACAGAAGUGAGGAAGGGCCUGUUGAACAUCUACUUCUGAGAAUGACUGAGGCACUUAGGUCUUGCUUUUCAGUUUAUUAUCUUAUGAAAGGAGUUGGUUUCUUCUCAUUUUAGGCAAUGAGAAAUUUAGACAUCUUUGCUGAAAAGCCGAAGGUAGAUUGAGAGCUCAAAUAUUCACUGUUUACUCUGACAUUCUUUUAUUUUAUUUACAAGACUUUUUUAUAUGUUUAAUUUUUUUAUUUCCAUAGGUUAUUGUGGAACAGGUGGUGUUAGAUUACACGAGUACAUUCUUUCCUGGUGAUUUGUGACAUUUUGGUGCACCCAUCACUCAAGCCGUGUACACUGCACUGCAUUUGAAGUCUUUUAUCCCUCACUCCCUUCCCAUCCUUUCCCCCGAGUCCCCAAAGUCCAUCAUGCCAUUCUUAUGCCUUUGCAUCCUUAUAGUUUAGCUCCCACAUAUCAGUGAAAACAUAUGAUAUUUGGCUUUCCAUUUCUGAAUUACUUCACUUAGAAUUAUAGUCUCCAAUCUCAUCCAGGUCACUGAGGAUGCCAUUAAUUCAUUCCUUUUUAUGGCUGAGUAGUAUUGCAUCAUAUAUAUAUAUAUAUAUAUACAUAUAUAUAUAUACGUAUAUAUAUGUAUAUAUAUAUAUACGUAUAUAUAUAUGUGUGUAUAUAUAUAUACGUAUAUAUAUACAUAUAUAUAUAUAUCUUUAAUAAUACAUACGUAUGUAUAUACCACAGUUUCUUUAUCUGCUCAUUGAUUGAUGAGCAUUUGGGUUGAUUCCACUUUUUGCAAUUACAAAUUGUGCUGCUAUAAACAUAAGUGUGCAAGAAUCUUUUAUGUACAAUGACUUCUUUUCUUCUGGGUAGAUACCCAGGAAUGCGACUGCUGGAUCACUGACAUUCUUUUAGAUGUGACUUCCCUAAAACCCAACAAGAAAUGUAAACACUGAAGUCCAAGUCUGAUAAUUAUUCUUUCAUUUAAGAAGAGCACAUGGGAGUUUUACAUAGUAUUUUUAAAAACUAAUUUUGUAGUAUGUUAACUGGUAGGACACAUUCAAUUUUUUUUCCUCACUGGGGAUCUGUCCAUGUUUCAUCUUGAUUUAAUAGCUACCUGGCAUAUAACUGAUGCCUCUGAGCCUACCUCUGAAGUAAAUAAAUAAACCUGGUCCAAGUGAUUUGAUUUCUGCCAUUGUAGUGGAGAAAUCAAUCUCAGUGAAGAAGACUUUUUUUUUUUUCAUUUUUCUUCUUUUUUUCUUUUUCCUUUGGCUCCUAUCCUCCUGCUUCCAUGGGACUGAGAAUCCAGCUUCUCAAACGCCAUGGAAGUCUUAAUACAAGGUGAAUCCCAGGACCACAAACAGUUUGGACUUCAGUGAGAAAAUUGGCACUGAAUGAUUCGGCACACAAAGCAGAAGACUUUCAUUUCCUGUAGGCAGGAUGGAAUUGACUGUUACAUUAAGACUUCUGAAGAAGCCCUGCCCUGGAGUAAUUUCAGUGCUGUCAGAUGCUGUUGACAUCUAGAUUAACCUCUGUGCAGUGAAUCUCGCCGCAAAGCUCAUUGACAUGCAUGUAAUGUGUCUCUACAGAUCCCAUCUGGAACCCUUGGUGGCCCACCCUCAGCAACCCUCCUCUUCCUCCCUGACCCUGUUUUCUCUGUCCAUAAACUUUUAGCCUCCAGGAGCAGAGGAGCCAUGGCUGGGAUCUGACCUUAGGACAGGGAGUUUUGGCUUCUCUCUGACCAUGGUGCUGAGCCAGGCUUUCUGCUCAGAGUGACAGUGAUCAUCAUCAUACUGGGUUUCCCCUGAGGGAACUGCAAAUUAAGGCAUGAAAACCACUGUGCUGAUAACAGUUUUACAGCAUAUCUCAAUGCUGCACAAAGUGAAAUGUUUUAAAAGGAAUGAAUGUGUCCUAAGUCAUUGAGCCCUGUUCUGGGCUCUGCAAUCCUCCAGGGAUUCAAGGUCCAGCUGAAACAAGGUCAUGACUGCAUCUAGGUGGGACAGGUGCAUUCUGACAGACAAGGUGUUUGUCUUUUGUGUGGGUAUUUCCUAUGGUCUUUACAAGAGAGGUAGCCGCAGCUCCUGUUUCUUCUAGUUGGGACGGAAGAUGUAGCUAUCUUCAAGCACUGGUUGGUCAGCUCUUUCUUUAAGGGAUGGCUGGCUCCAGAAUGAGCCAAACUAACUCUACAAUUUCACAUUGUGGCACAACAACCACAUAGAACCUCAAGGCUGAAAUUGCAACUUCUCUGCAAAAUAGGGCCAUUGAUUUCAUCAAAAAUUUUGAGGAAAGGCCUUUAGCUUAGAUUCCGCCACCUUCAGACUCCACAGAGUUGGUCAGCACGAUAGCACACAUCUUUGGAAACUUACCUCAGGGUUUUAGAAUACUUGACCCUGGCCAGGCACGGUGGCUCAAGCCUGUAAUCCCAGCACUUUGGGAGGCCGAGGCGGGUGGAUCACGAGAUCAGGAGAUCGAGACCAUCUUGGUCAACAUGGUGAAACCCUGUCUCUACUAAAAAUACAAAAAAUUAGCUGGGCAUGGUGGCGCAUGCCUGUAAUCCCAGCUACUCGGGAGGCUGAGACAGGAGAAUUGCCUGAACCCAGGAGGUGGAGGUUGCGGUGAGCCGAGAUCGCGCCAUUGUACUCCAGCCUGGGUAACAAGAGUGAAACUCUGUCUCAAAAAAAAAAAGAAUACUUGACCCUAAUGUCUAGAUAACAAUUUUCUCUGAGAUUUUACUAAUUCUAAUUCCCUCUUAAAUUGUUUUUCCUACUUGCCACUUGUCUUUAAUUUAAAUAAUAAGAAUAUCCUUGCACAUUCUUAGGUAUUUCUUUAGGAGAAUUGGAAGUUUCCAGCCAAGGAGAUUGUGUUUGUGGAUUGGGAAGAGAGCUUUCUGGGCUGAACAAGGUAUAAAUCCUGCAGAGGCAAUCUUGAUGACUUUUUUUAAAAGCAAUUAUCAGCAUUGUGUUUUAUUCUCAGUGCUCAUGUUCAUAAUGCAAGCUAUAUUCACCUUUUUUAUUAUUUAUAUUAUGAUUCUUAUUCAUGUGUACAUGUAUGCACGCACACACGCAAAAGCCUCCACAGUCCUACUGGUAUACACGUUCAUGUGCCCCAUUUGUGUCACUUCCAUUAAUCUCUGGGUGCAUGCAUUUGCAAUGCUCCUCUUUCCUGUUAUUAUCGAUACAUACUCACAUACCCUUUGACUUUCUGCACUUUGGAUGCCAUGAGAUUAGGGCUUUUUCAAGGGAGAUUAAAUCUUGAGUUUCUUUAAAUCUUCAUACUUAAAGGCAGGAUUGGUUUUCAUGGAGAAACAAAAACUAAACCGAGCCUUGAUUCAGAUUUUAUUUAAUUAACUUUCUGUGGAAUUUGUUCUUGAGUAAUAAAUACUAAGUGCAAAUGUAAUGGACAAGGGGUUCGAGCAGAUUAUUGAACCUAUCUUGUAGCUGAAACAAGUGGUUAGAUAUGAAGCUCAGACACUCAAAUUGAAGUAGAACAUGAAGCAAAACAGUUAGCAUGGGGCAAGAGAAGAACACUGGACUAGGAGCGAGACUGCUAGAUUGUCACUUGAGUGUCCUUUGCUUAAUAUGGGCAGCUGACAGUUGCAGGCCUGUGACCCUCUAAUUCCAGUGAUGGGACAUGACAAUCUGUCUCUCAUCCAUUGUUCAAGUUGGUUAUCACUGAAGUAUUAUAUAUUAGCUCAAGGUCCUGCCCUGAACAAGUCUGCAAACAUCCUCACUCUGAAGAGUCAGUCUCAUUUUUGUUUUACGGCAGUUCAUCCGUUGUGGCCCUCCUUUGGAAGCUGUCCACACUCUGAACACUUGCUCUCCAGCCCCUGUUCCCACCCCACACUUCAAGGCCAGGGAAAAGCCAGGGAAGGUCCUAUUGGCUCAUCUCCCUCUUUCCUGGCCUGCAUAUCAACCAAGCUUGGGAUUUAGCCUACAUUUUUAGAGAGGAAAACAAGUGUGUUCUCCCAGCCAUCAGUAUCUUUUCAGCUCCAUGGACCAACUGAUUAGCACCUCAUUAGCGCCUCAUCAGUUGCUUUUGCACAAGAGACUCUGGGACAACAAGCCUAUUACGCCUCAGUCUGUCUUUUUGAAGUCAAACCAUCCUUCUGGCUUGGUUAGGAAAGGCGAGCCUUUCUACAAACAGGUUUUCUUUUAAUUUCCUCUGUUGUUUUCUGGCUGUUAACUAUAUGGAUAAAUGGUAAAACAUAAUUUUCAUUUUUUAGGCCCCAUGAGUGUGGGUAUGCUGCAUUUCUGUGGAUGAGGAGUUCCACAUGUCAGCAAAGCAUUUAUUUAUCUAGUGAAGUGGCCAUAAUAUUGACACACAGAUUUGCAGCAACACCCAAAUCUUGAGGGAAGAAAGAGCCCUUUUCAAGCAAAUGAAAUCUUUUUCUGUGAUGGCACCAGAAAGAUUUAUACCUUAAGAACAGAAAUGAGCCUGACAAUAUGCUUCCUUUCUAGAAACAAAGAGGUAGAAGAAAUUGCUGAAGAAGCUGGAUGACCAAACCCUCUAUUCCCCAAAUCACUAUGUAUCAAUAGAUACUUCAACUCUGUCCCUUAAAUGGCUCUGGAAAACACAAGUAACCAUAUUUGUUAUUAAAAACAAAUUCAUAAUGUCUAACCCAAUCCCUUAUUUUAAUAUAUAUACAAAUUAAAAUAAUCCCAUAUGUAUGAUUAUUAUAUGGGAUAUAUUUACAUAUAUAUGUAUAUGUUUGUGUAUAUAUAUAUUUACAUAUAUGUAAAAAUAUAUAUUUUUUAAUGCUGAGGAUAGUUCCACAUUGUUUUGUUUCUUGGUUCCUUCUAAUAUAUUCAAUGAGAUCCAUAAUUUUUUCACUUUUAUUUCUUUAGGAAAGAGUUGGGGUCUAUUUUGAAUGCUUUCUAGGAUAAAACGGCAAAACAGAUCGAAAGUGUGGUGGAGGGAGAAUAAUGGGAACAGGAGGCAAAGAACUUGCACGCUCCUAUUUCCUGCUGAGAGAUCUUAGAAAAACAUUGUCUUCCCUUUGCAUCAGUUUCUUAAUAUACAAAACAGAACUACUGUCAACCCCCUGCGUGCCACAGAGGGUUAUUUGUGCACCAAAUGAGAUCAUAACUGUUGACAUGCUCUGUGAGCUGUACAGGGCCAGACAAACAGAUAGAGCCCACUCUCUGGGCAGUGCGUGUGACACAGUCUUGCUGGGCACUGGGCUGAGAGACUGAGAGCCACUUUUGAGACAUGCCAUGUUUUGAGGUGUAUCUUCCUUACAUUUUUGUUGGUGUCUGGUUUCUAGAUGUUUUGCCUUUAGCCUUCUUCACUUUGAGAAUCUAGUGAUGGAGAAUGCUUUAAAAAAUACAAGCAGACGGGGGGGAUGCUUUACUUAGUUAGUUUCGUCAUUGGAAAGGGACAGUUAGAGUUUGUUUUCAGGCCUGGAACCCGGAACAUUUUGUAGCAAAAUGGCAUCUCCUGCUGCAUUUAGUUGCUUGCCAGCCACUCUUGCUUUCAUAAAAUUCUGUUAAUUUCAACAUAAUGUUUUGUAAAAUAAGACUCUAUGAAGCUUCCUCUAUAAAUUUGGUGGUAUAACUAAUCUUUCAGGAAACAUCUGAAGGGAUAAUGAUUUUUAAGCGGUAUCCCGUUCUUUCCAGGACCAGCGUUUGUACAUGGGGAAAUAAGAUAGGUGGAGCAAUGCUAGACCACUCCUUUAAAAGGCUUGAGUGCCAAUAAAUAGGUGUGAGUGGGAUUCCCACUGAGAAAUGUGUUUGUGAUGACAGCCACUGUUAUAAGCACUCUGUGGUUGUGACUACAUGGCAAGUAAAAUUUUCUCAAAUGUUAUUUUUCGUAGAUCUCCAAGUGACAAUCGUGUGCAUUGUAUCUGACAAAAUUCUGUGAAUGAUUUUCUAGAAGUAUUUUGAUCACUCCAGAAAGAAUCAGCAUAAAGCUGCAUACCUAAAAUCCUAAGAAAUUCAUAAGUAUUUUCCUCAAGUUCGGGCUGCCUCCACUUCUCUUUUCUCUCUUUACCUUUUAACUCAUAGAGAGGCAGUCUUGAUGACAAAAGGUUGGGCUCAAUCUUUGUCUUAUGUAGGAAAGCAACACCUCUGUUCUGACCACUGUCCAGUAGACAAAGUCAUCCCAGCUUUCGAAAUGAGAGUCCAAAUUGGGUUACCACUGGGAUUUUGAAUUAUGAUGUGAAAUUGGAGAAGGCAAGCUGGUUCAGGGUGAAGUUUCAUAAUUUAUUCUGAUAAUCUGCAGGGGAUGAUCUUCUUCACAGGACCGUGAACGCCUGCCUUGAACAAGCUCAUUUCACGACCUAACUUCCUAGAGACAAGACUGAUUAUUUAAGGAUUUCAAAGGUAUCAUUUGGGGAAUAACUCACCAGGUAGAGAAAGUUUGAUUUAAAAUGUUAACAGGCACAAAAUCUAAUAUUUCAAUGCUUUCUCACCCUGCCCCUUCUCUGAGGGUUUAGCCUUUCUUAGGGGCCAUUAGGAUAUGUCCUUUCCCAGGCUAUAAAUGAUUGAUUGUACUUCAUGUCCCAAAGUAAAGGCUCCUCCAAGUUCAUUGGACGUGAAGGCAACCAAAAUGACCCAUGUUAUUUUUCUCUCACUUCACAGCAUUGAGGACCUUCUUGUUUAUGUGUGUGGGCCAUGGUGGGUUAGCUUAAGGGAACUGUCAAAUUAAAAUGAAAGGAAAGCAAGUUCAGACAAGAAAACUCUCACUCUGAAUGUGAAAGAAAAUAGCAGUGUUAUUUUCUGUGGCAAAGAUUCGUGUGCUGUUGGGGGAAGAAGAUUCAUGUUAUUUCUCAGGUAGAUUUUACCUUCUGAAUUUCUGUGUGUGUGUGUGUGUGUGUGUGUGUGUGUGUGUGUGUGUUGGCUGGUCGUGGGGUUUGGAGCCAGAUAAAAUGUAGUUGUUUAUGAGUUUAUAUUUUCUCUUUAGCAUAAUAAAUGCCCUGCUUAUCUGCUUAUUUUCUCAGAAUGUGACCAUAAAAUUAGGAAUUGAGAGGAAUUCAGAGGCCCAUGUCACAGGUCAUAGUAAAGUUUUACCCAAAUAUUUCCUUCAGAAACAUUUAGUCAUAGCAAGCCAAAUCAAUUCUUAUCUGCAACUGAUAUCAGAAAAAGAAAUCAGUAGGUGGGGGCUGUAGACCGUGAUGCUGCAUCUAUUUACAAUCUUUCUUUUCCAAGGUUUUAGGGUUCAUGAUUCACAUAAGGAAAUUUUGGGGGAGCUACCACAUCAGUACUUUGGCAUGCAUAGACUCUGUUCCCUAGGAAAACUAGGGUUGCUUCUGGGCUGAUUUUGUUUGAAAUGGCACAUGUACAAAAAGAGACUUUUGGAAUAUGUUUUAAGCCUUUCGCGUGAGGUCAGCCUCUGCUGAAAGAGUGUUUAGUUUGACAGGCAUGGUUUCUUGCUUCUCCCAUCCCAGGGUGUAAAUUCUGCAGUGAUGCCUGAGUAUAUGUUUUCAGCACCAGGGACAGCAAACAACCUCCUGAAUUGAAGGGCCCUGCUAUCCUGAUUGACCUCCCAGACCCAGGAAGGGCAACUGUUUUGUUUUCCUUUAUUCCCUGUCCACUGGGGCCUCAACUCAGAAGUCUUCAUUCUUUAGGUGCUUACAUCUUUAAUUUAUUACCAAGCCUAGCUUAGCUGUCUGUCACAUUCUUGACCUCCUCACAAGUGGGUUUGGAGUAAGACUCCCAGGUCUGCUGGCUCAGAGAAGUAGAAAGACAGACUUCAUUUGAAGCGCAUGCUUUAGAAUAGGCUACCCCUACAGAAGUCUUUAUAACAUACCAUUGACUUGUAAACCCCUAAAUGAAAGACUGCUUAUACGCAAUCACUUUCCUUUUAGAAUUUCUGCACAUUUCUCACAAUGUACAAGUUGACGUUUGACUCGGUGUGCAUCUGGAGACAAUAUUUCACAGCAGUGGAGCAGAAGCUAUGAACUUUGGGGACGGAAAAGGGCCCAGUGAUGCUGCUGUUACGCAUUUUGGACACUCGGUGGGGGCACUGCUUUGAUUCUCAGCAUCCACCCUUCAACCCUGAGUGCUCUUCAACAGCUGUUUUUGCCUUAAACAAUCACAGUAAGAAUGCAAAUGACUCCUUGUGGCAGUCUUCAGGCCUGACUGAAGGGUGCACUGAGAAAACAAGGGGAGCAGAAGCACAUGUUGUCACAUUGCUUUGUGAUUGGCCAGUUUUCAUAUAGCACAAUGACAGACAGAGGUCAUCCUAGAGUCAGCACUGUCUGCUCUUAACUAAUUGUCAGCAUCUUCUCCACUCGUGUCAGGAUGAAUCCCUUGUUGGUAAGGCAAGUCAGUCACUGCAGAUUUCAUCUUAGGUACUUGCCUUGUGUCUCACAGAUGUUAGAACAACUCGAUUUCAACUGCCUCUGUGCCAUCCAAGACUCUGAAUUCCCUCCAUAUCUUCUCCCUUUCUUUCUUCUCCCUUUCAGUGUUGCUAACCAUAACAUCCAUUAUACGUAGCAAUGUAAGACAAUAAGAGGUUUCCUUUAGGAAUAAAUGAGGUGAAAAUAGUAGGCCAGAGCCAGAUCUUAGAGGAGCAAUUUUAGUGAAACUAUAAUUUCUAACUUGGGAGUGGGUCUAAGAUGUAGCUGUCCGUUCCUUCCAUUCUUUGUCCUCCUGAGUGAAUCCCAUUCCAGUGCUCACACUUGCCCUGCCAGAAAGGCCAUGGCACAAGAUUCUCUAGAUUAUUUGUACAAAGACCAGAGGUGAGCAGCAUCCAACACCUCUGUAAGAGUUCUUAAGAAUAGAGGAGAUUUGACUGAUUUUUAAAUCCUGGAAUGUUCCUAUGUUUAAAAUGUUGAGAAAUAAUAUGUACAGAAAGGACCUAUGGUGAUAGGAAAGCUUAAUAAUACAAAUUAUUUUCCCUUAGAACAGAGAGGAAGGCGCUGCAAAGUGACUGCUAAUGAAGCAAUGAUCUGCUGGCUGGGGGAAAUGUGGCCUGAGACUAGAGAUGCAGAGCCGGCAUCUCUAGAAGGAGAGAUGAUGUCAAUAGAAGAAGCCCCCGGAGGGACCUGGUCAGACAAUAUAAUUUUAUAAAGGUUCUCAGUACUUUUUCUGAAAAAAUUCCUAAAAUGUUCAAGGGCGCUUCUAGCCCUCUGCCUCUUUAGAGGUGAGCUCAGUGCUAUGUCUGGGUUCUUAAGGCAAAUGCCCUACAAACACCAAAGUCUCAUUUUUUCCACUCUCAGCCGGCACUGGCUAAGUGGGAUAUCUUUUUCCCUUCCCUGAGUGAAAGGGACUUGUUUUCAGGAUAAGUGUCCUUUAAACAUCCAGCUAAAACUGGAAGUAAUUUUUUGCAUGAAUGGCUUUUUACAGCUAGGUCUAAAGCAGAACAAAACUUGUAUUAAACUAAGUGCUACUUUACAUAUCUUAUUUCAAGGGAAAUGAAGGAUUUAUUGUCGUGUAAAUGAUGUACACUGAUUUGUUUCCUACUGGACAUUACAUGUCCCUUUAUCUUUAGGCUGAUAUUGUGCAGCAAACUUUCAAUAUCUGGAAAAUCAGCUGGUACCUACUUCAGUGCAUUACUAGGAUAUUACAUUCCCUGAGAGGAAUCUUCCCAGUGAAGUUUAGGUACUGUUGUAACUGAUUUCCAUCCCUGCUUCCUAAGCUUCUGUACUAAAUAUAUGUAAAGUUACUAUAUCUUGUCUGACCCCAUGUGCUCGUGUGUGUUUCCCAAUGUUUAUAUAAAUAUGUUGGCGAUCGGAAGGGUUAGCUGGAUUACGGCAACUGCUGGACAUGGUGCGUGUGGCAUGUGGCACACCUGAUACCUGUGCACACCCGUUCUGAGGCCAAGCUAAUUUUACAGGUUUUGAAAACAAAAAACAGCAGCAGCAACAACAACAACAGUGUGGCUUGAACUGAGGAAAGUUUGACGAUGGAUACAGUAUUGCCAAGUCAUCAUUUAUGGGUGGAGACCUUGACCACAGCAGAGUUGAGGUGUGUUCAACUGGAUCUUAUGUCCUUUAUUUUAAUCCUGACUGAUCAUUCCUCAUUUGUAUUUUAUGACUUAGAAAUAUUCCUAUGUGAUGCUUGCUUGUUUUUCUCCCAGGCCUCUGGAAAGUGCUGAUCAUGAUUGCUUCCCAUCAUUGGAUCCCAAAGUUAAUAACUGAGCAUGAGUGACUGAGGCUUUAGUAGAACUGUGUUUUACUAACUGUGUCUCCUCCUUGAGGUGCUGUUCCCUUUAGUCUUUUCCUUUAUGACAGAUGAAUGCAUUGGCUAUGCUAAUUUUAUUUGCAUCCUGGCAAGUUUUAGAGGAUCAAUCUAGUUAAAAUGAUGACUGCAUUUGCCUUUGGAGAAGAGGUUUAUUGUCUAAGUAAAACUCUAUGUGAAGGUGUCCUUUAUGCAAAAAAAAAAAAAAAAAUCCAACUUGGUAAGAUGGCCACAGGUUAGAGGGGUGUGUUCUCAGUUGAUAUUAAGGUAUAUGUUGAAAAGGCAAGUGCCCACCCUUUCUCUAUUCUUCAUGCCCCCCUUCCUUCCUCCCCAACCUCAAAAGAAAACAGAAAAUUAUUUUUUUAAACUGUAUGAAUAAUUUAUGUUUAAUACAAAAGGCUGAUUUAAUGGUAUCACCAAAGGUUUUCUCCCAUUGUGCAUGUCCUUCAGUCUCAGCCCCAUACCCAUCACCCCAUUCUUCACCCUCAUGCUUCCAUCCCAAGGCAAACAUGUGUCUUCAUCGGAAUCUAUGGGUGUUGAAAUUAAAUGUGGGGGCGGAGAUUUAAAACCAUGACGCUAAUACAAAUCAACCGUUCUUCACUUUCAAAUGGUUAAUUGCUACAGGAAGGCAAACUCUUUCCUCGGUUUCUGUUUAAAAGCAUUUUAUACAUAUAUAUGUAUAUAUGUGUGUGUAUGUAUGGACAUAUGUAUGUAUAUGCACAUGUACAUGUAUAUAUGUAUAUAUCCAUCUUCAAUAUAAAUAUAUCAUAUGUGAUAGUUGUAAAUACUCCUUGGUCAUAUGUCUGUCUUUCUCAUAGUACCACAUCUUCAAUGUUACGUUAACAACUCCAUUUAUUGAUUGAUGAAACUGUGUGUAGAACUGUAUUCUCCUGACAUAGUUUAUGUAGGGUCUCUUCUCAAAUAAAGUAUAAAACAACAA